AUGAGAGGGCCGCAUGACCGAGCAAAAGCCUCAUCUACCCAGAGAUUCUCCCACUAUUCCUCAUCCCAAGUUCCCAAACAGAACAAUUACCAAGAACCAAACUACGCAGAUGAUCUCGGGCACAACAACGGGGAGCAGUCAACGGGGCGAGAUCCCAACAUGACAGAGCCGCAUGGUCGAGCAAAUCUGUCAACUUCCCAGAGAUUCUCCCACUAUUCCUCAUCCCAGACAGAACAACUAGCAGAAGCGAUCAUACGCAGACCAGCUCGGGGACAGCAACGGAUAACGGUCAAGGGACGAGAUGGCAACAUGAGAGGGCCGCAUGACCGAGCAAAACUAUAUAUUCCCAGAGAUUCUCCCACCGGAAUUCUCGCUCAUGGCGACUCGGCAAGAAAAGUGCAGUUGAGACUGCAGAAUCACCAUGACCUCGACAUUAGCCAAGAAGACAUUCUCAGCAAGUAUGGCGUUCUGUUGGCCCAUGCUUGGGAGAAAGCCUAUGAGCAAGGUUAUCUCAAUCACGGCGGCAAACCAAUGCAGCCUGCACAGGCACACCGAGAACGGAACCCAGUUGAAUCGGGUGCACUGGACACAUUCUCCGAACCCGAUGAAGUGGACAGCAUCCCCGACGCUGCGAGCCAGGGCGAAGCAGCAGUCCACAGUGACUUGACUGCAAUGAUCACUGGGUAUGAUACAUCCGCCGAAGCAUGGGCUGCUCUUGCAGAACGUUUCGAUAGAGACACUGGAAACUCUACCAUCUAUCUCUUUUGA